UACCCUGUGACAACUUCACCUUCUUUUUAAUGUUUCUCGGCAAAAUAAGUGAUUAAUAUUAGUAUGCAACUUGUGUUUCAAUCCUGUAAUAUUUGUGCAUGUUUUUUAAUUUAAUUUAACCAACGUGGAAGCAAAAGUAGCCUAUGAACAAUGCUUCGUAGUUCAUGGUUUUGGUUGACGGGUCCUGUCUUACGAGAGUUUGUGGUUGCGACAGUCAAGCGUUGACAGAUAGAUUUACGAAAACACUCGAAGCGCGAACAACACAUUCAAGAAGCUAAUAUAAUUGUAGGCGUAGUUGAGAAUAAUAAAACGGUACUGAAAAGGCGUAAGCGGGAUUAGAAAGGAUUAUCCUUACAUUAUGCUUGAAGGGUGGUACUGUCGAACAAUGCAACAAGCGCAGAAAAGUGAAUUAGACGCGGAUGCUAAUGAGCCGCUGGACAACGACAGCACCGGGCCUGAUGAUGACAGUGACGAUGAAGGAUCCAGCAAAAAAGAAAUAGAUUAUAGAUCCUUAUGUAAAGAAAUGAAGAAAAAACUGAAAAUUCUCCUCUACGAAAAUGCUUUCUUUCAACACAAUCUAACUGUUCACCAAAGACGGUUGCUGAAGAUUACACGCGAUCGCUCGUUUCUAUUGGAUCGUUUGUUAGAAUACGACCGGCCUGAGCUAUCAUCGUCAGACAGCGAAGCCACCGUUUCCUCAGAUGAUUCACGUGUGGAAGUAGUUCAAAAGAAACGGAAAACCGAUACCAGUGCUACAACUAGUAAUUCAGCGUCGAAAGCCUCGUCGGUAGCUCAAACCAAACGAGGCAAGAAAGUCCAGAGGAAACAACCACAGCCUACCACUUCUCAGCAGUUCACCGGGGCAACGAAUCAGGAGCCCGUACCGAAGCAAUCUGAAUUGUUGCCAAUGCCUCACUUAUCGCCAUCUGUCCUACUAGAUACUGCAUUCAUUCCGGGCAUUUCAAAAGAUAAUCAUGUUGAACUGAUGUCUCAAGAAAGACAAUUGACCAACGAAGAAAUUGAAAGGCAUCUUCAGCUUCGCAAGGAAGUGCUAGAAGUUGUCCCAGAAGGGGAAUUACCUAGUGAGGUGUUUAGUACCGUCCCAUCUAGUGCGAUGUGUGAUGCACCCAACGACGAAACAGUUGAACCCUCCAGGGGGAAUUUGGUGGAAGAUUGCUUUUCGGUGGAUCUUAAUUUAAUGAAUGUUUAAAUUUCUGAAACACAACGCACAAUGUAAUGUCACGUUGUACGAAACCCUUUGGUAGAGUGGAACAAUAUUUUACAUUUAAUUUCUAUGUUUCCCAUAAUUGAAAUCCCAGCAAUUGGUCAUCUGUGUAAAUCUCGAAACUUAAACAAAUGAGGUAAAAUGAAAAAUAUAUGCGUCAAUAGCCUACUACUCAAAAAAUGGUGAAAUUACAACGAUGAGGUAGAAAACAUUAACGGAAUAAGUUGACGCAACAAGGUACAAUCGAAA